GAUGGCGGCCGGGUUGUCGGUUCGGGCCGGGCCGCUGGAGCUUUUCCUCCGGGACCGCGGCUGGUUCCGGGUCGUGGCCGAGCUCCGGGGCGAGGGAUUGAAGCUGAGCAGCGAGGAGUCGGGGUCGGAGCCCGGGCCCGGGCCCUGGGACGGUCUCUCCAAUGGCAGCCCGCGGCCGCGGAGCCCCAGCCCCAGCCCGGUGCAUAUGAGCCCGGCGGGGCCUGGAGCCGGGAGCCCGGGCCGAGGCCUGGCGGCCCUGCUGCCCCCGGAGAGCAGCAGCCUGAGGCCGGGCCCUGGGAUAUCCGAGCGGGUCCGCACCGUACGGGUGGUGAAGCAGGAAGCCGGCGGCCUCGGCAUCAGCAUCAAGGGAGGCCGAGAGAACCGCAUGCCCAUUCUCAUCUCCAAGAUAUUCCGGGGCCUGGCGGCCGAGCGCACCGGGGCCCUGUUCGUGGGCGACGCCAUCCUGGCCGUGAACGGAGCCGACCUGCGGGAGGCCACACACGACCAGGCCGUGCAGGCGCUGAAGAAAGCCGGCAGGGAGGUGACCCUGGAGGUCACUUACAUCCAGGAAGUGACGCCAUACUUGAAAAAGCCCUCAUUGAUAGCAGACCUGGCGUGGGAUAGUCUGUCUCCUCAUUCUGCACAUGUGGGAUCUGCUGGCUCCAGUUCUCCAAAUCACAGUGCCAAAGACAGCAAGACUUUUCCACUGAAGAUGUGCUACAUCACGAGGAACCUGAGUAUGCCUGAUCCAGAGAGCAGGUUAUUUGAGCUACAUUCCCCUGAUGGCAAGCAUGUAAUCAUUCUGCGGAGCAAGGACCCUGUUGCAGCACAUGCCUGGUUCACGGCAAUUCACACAAGUAUCACGGCACUGAUUCCUCAGGCACUGUCAGAGCUGAAUGGGCUACUUGGCCUCAGUGGCAGGGCCAUCCAACACCUUGGCUGGCUGGCUGAGCAGCUGAAAGUUGAAGGUGGAAGGCAGCACUGGAAGCCAAUGGUGGUUGUCCUCACUGAUAAAGACAUGCUGCUUUACGACAACGUGCCAUGGAAUAGAGACCUGUGGUCGUCACCCUCUCAGAGCCACCCACUGCUGGCAACCAGGUUGGUUCACUCAGGGUCAGCACGAGGAUCCCCAGCCAUUAGUUCAGAGCUAAUGUUUGCCACAAGGACUGGAUCACGACAAGGCAUCGAGAUGCAUAUUUUCCGCGUGGAAACCCACCGGGACUUGUCGACAUGGACACGGAUGCUUGUCCAAGGCUGCCACAGUGCUUCCGAACUGAUUAAGGAGGUGACGCUGGGAUGUACAUGGAACGGACAGGAUGUCAAGUUGAUGAUUCACUAUGAAAGUGGUUUUGUGAUGUCCCAGAACAGCUCAACUAUAGACUCAUCCAACACCCUUUUCCAGUAUCCAUUUGAAAGAUUGAAAAUGUCGGCUGAUGAUGGGAUUAGGAUGCUUUAUUUGGACUUUGGGGGGCCAGAAGGAGAGUUGCACCUAGACUUGCAUUCAUGCCCAAAGCCUGUAGUCUUUGUUAUACAUUCAUUUCUCUCAGCCAAAGUGACCCGGAUGGGACUCCUAGUGUGAGGAAGGAAGUAAUCAUCAGGAGAGACCUUUGGAUCGCUGCACUCAUCAAAACCAAAGACCAUUGCUGCAUCUCGGGGAAUGUAACCUGCAAGAGCACAAAGAUCGGGACUGGAGGGAGGCCACAGCUCUUGUAAGAAUGGGAGGAAUCUCAUGUAUGAUUAUUGAGUCUCGUCAAGAGACCUCUUGAUAUUGCUGUUUGUUGCCAAAUGUGCCUUUUUGUUAUUAACUGAACUUCACAGAAUUUUUAUGAUUGUACAUUAAGUUUUUACUGUGAAUAUAACACAGUUUUAACUUUGGAGCAUAUAGUUUUGUAAUUUGGUUUAAAAGAUCUUGGUAACAUGUGAUGCUAGCUGGUUCUGGUGUUAUCCCUGUUAUUGGUGUAAUACCUUCCAACCCUGGGGUAGUGUUCCCUGUUUGGAACAGAAGAACUAAAGUGAGCGCACUGUUGUGUCACUUAAACCAGCAAAAAGGGUAAGUGACCUGAAACUGUUCCUGUAAUUAUGUUAGUCUAAUAACUUUGAACGAAGAGUUCUACAUGUCUGCACGUAUAGCUUAUCUUUAACGUGCUGCAAAUGUCCUUGGGCAGCCUGGCGGUCCAGCUAUUGUCACAUCUACAUCUGAUGUGAACUGAUUGGCCUGCUGCUUGAGGGAGCAUGAACAUCCAGCAUGAACUUGAAUGUUUUUAUCUACAAAGUGGGCAAAACAGUGAAAUUACUCAGCAGUCUUAAGGCCUCUAUGUUGUCCUUAGUGUUUCCUUACAUUUAAUGUAUGGUAUGCUGAGAGUAGCAUCUGUCAAUGUGUCUGGGGUCUCGGUACUGUCCAACUGUAGGACAGAUUCUUGUGAGUCAGUCCAGGUUGAUGGCCAUUGGAAAUGAGGCUGGAGUAGCUUCACCUAAAUGAGAUGUACAGGCUGGCCCACUGGGUAGGGAGAGAAAGCACCCCCUCCCCUCCUCAAAACACUCCCCCUCCUCUGGGGCAACUGCUACCAAUAUCUUCUGGAAAAAAUUCUCCUCCCUUUUCCCAACACAGUGUCAGCCUCUGAUCAACAUGUCCCUAUUUAUCAUGGCGAGAAUUGGAAGUGGGACAUAUGUCUUCACACUGUCCUCAAUCCCCUCCCUUUCUCGCUGCCCCCUGACAGUGUUAAGUACAUACAAGUAUUGAGAACACUUCAGCAAUCUCUA